UAUUAUUCUUCUUUAAAAGACACUGAGGAUAUUGCCAUGUUACAGGCGCAUACUUACCCCCUAAAUCAAUGUAGAUAACUUGCGUCUGUUAUAUGGUGGGAAAAUCAUGGUUAAAUAAAAUGGCAUCACGAUUUAGUGGAGCACUACAAAUUACAAAUUUAGAUGAUUUCAUUACUCCUUCUCAGGAAUGUAUAAAACCUAUAGAAAUUCAAGCAUUAAAGAGUAAAACUGGGGCAAAAAUAAAAAUUGAGAAAGAUGGAACACCUAUAGCAUUAAAUGAAACUGGACAAUUUAAAAAAUUAGAGAAAGUUGAAAUUACACUUGCUGAUUGUUUAGCUUGUAGUGGUUGUAUAACAUCUGCAGAAAGUAUAUUAGUUACACAACAAAGUCAAGAAGAAUUAAUGCGAGUAUUUAGAGAAAAAACUCAAUAUCAGAGUAGAGAUGGUAUAAGCUCAACAUUUAUUGUAGUUAGUCUUUCGGUGCAAGCAGUAUUAUCCAUAGCAGAACAUUAUAAUCUUAAUUCAGAACAAGCACUAAAUAAACUUGCAGGAUAUUUUUAUCAGUUAGGAGCAGAUAUAGUUUUAGAUAUGACUGUGGCUGAUGAUUUUGCUCUCUUAGAAUCUGCUAAAGAAUUUAUACAACGUUAUAGAGCAAAUAAAAAUGGUGCAAAAAAUCAAUUGCCUAUGUUAUCUUCUUCCUGUCCAGGUUGGGUAUGCUACGCUGAAAAAACACAUGGUAAUUUUAUACUUCCAUAUAUAAGUGUUACAAAAUCUCCUCAACAAAUUAUGGGAUCAUUAGUUAAAUAUCAUUUAGCUAAAAUUAUGGAUCUUUCACCAAAACAAAUUUAUCAUAUAACUGUUAUGCCUUGUUAUGAUAAAAAAUUGGAAGCAUCCAGAGAAGAUUUUUAUGAUCAUGAAAUAAAAUCUAGAGAUGUAGAUUGUGUUAUAACUCCAAUUGAAAUAGAGCAAAUGUUUAAUGAAUAUAAUGUGAUAUUAAGUGAAAUAAAAAUUGAAAAAAAAAUUCAAAGAAUAUUUGAAUCAAAAAUGAAAUAUUUGAAAAACGACUUAUAUGGUCAUAGUGGUUCAGGAUCCGGAGGUUAUGCCGAAUUUAUUCUUCGUUAUGCUGCAAAAUAUUUAUUCAAUGAAACAGAUAUAAUAAUUGAAUUUAAAAGUCUUAGAAAUCCUGAUUUUCAAGAAGCAGUUUUUCAAAAAGAUGGUCAGAUACUCUUAACAUUUGCAAUUGCUAAUGGAUUUAGAAAUAUACAAAAUCUUGUACAAAAAUUGAAGCGUGGAAAAUGUCUAUAUGACUAUGUUGAAAUUAUGGCAUGUCCUUGUGGAUGUCUUAAUGGAGGAGCACAAAUUAGACCUUUAAAUAAUGUUCAAUCACGUGAACUGGCAUUAAAAUUAGAAUCUAUAUAUCGAGAACUUCCUCAAAGUGAUCCUGAACAAAAUUUAAUAGUGAAAAAUUUAUACAAAAAUUGGUUAGGAGGAGAAUAUACAGACAAAGCUUUAGCAUAUUUUCAUACUCAAUAUCAUGAAAUAAAGAAAGUAAAUACUGCUCUUGCUAUAAAAUGGUAAUUUAUGAUAAAUAUAUAUUAUUAUUAAUUUAAAUUAGAAUUUUUAAAUACAACUAAUAUCAAAUUAAUAUGAUUUAAAAAUAUAGUUGUAUGAUUAGAUGUAUAUUUAUUCUAUUACUAUUAUAUAUUAAAAAACCUUAAUUGUUGGCAAAUAUUCAUUAAAGAAUAUAAAAGACAAAUUUUUAAUAAAUAUUUAUAUCUUUUAUAAAAAAAAAAAUAAUUUAAUAAUAUACAUGUAAAUAUAAAUUUGAUAUUAUAUAGAG